AUGUAUAUUAAUGGAGCUAGCAGCAAGCAAGCACGCCCGCUGCCAGCUUCUUUUCCCUGCAUAAUUUAUUUCUCCGCGUUUUGAACUGCUUCCGGUGAAGGUUUAAAGUUUUGGUCUAAAAAUUGGAUCUUGAUGAACCCGGCGGGAAUAUAGACGACGACUGACAGUUCGCCGUACGACAAGACGCCCAAUAUCCCAUGGCCACUGGCAAUCGCCGCGGCGACGAGGGCAGCCACAAAAGCGACUCCGGCAAUGGCAGCAGUUGGCGUCCCCGGCGAGGACGGCCGCUUGGUUCUAAGAAUAAGCAGAAGCCGCCGGUCAUCAUCACCCGUGAGAGCCCCGACGCGCUCCGCCCCCACGUGCUGGAGAUCGCCAGCGGCACCGACAUCGUCGCGGCCGUAUCCGCCUUCGCUGCGCGCUCGCAGCGCGGCCUCUGCGUGCUUAGCGGCAGGGGAGCCGUGGCCGACGUGACGCUCCGCCAGCCCUGGUUGGAGGCGGCGGCGGCGGUGUCCAUGAAACUUCCCGGCCGGUUCGAGAUCGUGUCCCUCCACGGGGCGUUCCUUCCGGUGCUGGCACCGCUGGGGGCGAACGGGCUGGCGGUCUCCGUUGCCAGCCGAGGGGGAGGGCAGGUAAUGGGCGGGAAUGUGGUCGGGAAAUUGAUGGCGGCAGGGACGGUGUAUGUGGUCGCCGUUUCGUUCGGGAAUGUGGUCUACGAGAGGUUGGCGGCGGACGAAGAGGCAGGGGCAUCUGUGAUCUGACGCCAGAACUCCUCUGAGACCGCCGCCGUGACUAAGAUACUUUUUAUAUAUAUGCUUCUACUGCCUGAUCUCAGUGCUAGGUCUUGUUCUUGUACUCGUAAAACAUCAAUUUCGUAGUAGAUUCAGUCGCGUUGGUACAUGGUAAAAUUGUAAGCGGAAGGAUGUCACUAGGUGUUCAUUGCUCGAUUUUU